AUGGAGAAAUACAGGAGAAUCUCUGACAAAACAGGUGUAUUGAGCUCCAUCAGUGUGACCGGAUACUCAGGAGUCACCAUCACAUGCAAAUAUGAUGAAGAAUAUGAGACAAAUGAGAAAUAUUUUUGUAAAGGAAAGUGGUCAGAGUGCGAAGACCAAAUCAGGACUGAAAUGAAACAUCACUGGAUUAGGUCUGGAAGAUUCUCUCUGUUUGAUGACACAACAGCAGCAGUUUUCACUGUGACCAUCAGAAAUCUGAGAAAACAGGAUUCUGGCAUUUAUCACUGUGGAAUUAAAAGAUUUGCAUUUGAUCAUGGCACUAAAGUGAAUCUGAAGGUCAUAACAGAGUUCGGGAAUCAGGUCAACACUAAUGUUGGGACAGUGAGAAGACAUUCAGGAGAAAGCAUCACUAUAGACUACACAUAUGAGGAAAAACACAAGAGUCGUGAGAAAUCUGUCUGUAAAAUUGGAGAAUAUCUUUGUGAAACUCUAAUUAGCAUCAGCAGACCAGCAGAAAAGAAAGACAGUGGUCGAUUCUCCAUUCAUGAUGACAGAUCUGCAGGUCUCUUACGUGUGUUUAUCAGAGAGCUGAAUGUCCAGGAUUCUGGAGAAUAUAGGAUUAAAGUCAGACACUCUGAAGACUACAGCUUCUUCUCUGAGUUUGAGCUGGUCAUCACAGACGAUGCUCCAAAAACGACAUCUUCAUCACCAUCAUCAUCAUUAUCAUCAUCCUCAUCACCAUCAUCAUCAUCAUACAUUUCAACUUUACAAACUCCACUGAGCACAACUGUUUCAGAGAGGUCUAUAGUCACAUCACAAUUCAACACCAUAACAGACUCUUCUCUGAUCAUCCCUCUGGUUCUGGUUCUUCUGCUUCUGAUCAUCGCUGCUCUCUUAUUACUGUUUCUCUAUAAGAAGCACCAGACUAAAGCAGGUGGUGACUCCACAUCUCAGACUGCACAUGGAAAUACUGAAGCGGUUUCUAAUAUUGGUUGUGAUUACAAGGAAAUUAAAGACACUCACAAGCAAUUACCCAGAAGCCCCUCUGAGUCUUCUAGCACUGUUUACGCCACUGCUCAGUUACCCACAAACCCCUCUGAUUUCUGUAUUUACUCCAACGUUCAGGAAGCCUCUGGUGACUCUCAGAUCUGCAUCUCGUCUGCUGAAGAUGCGAAUUACUCAGUGGUGAAUUUCCACAAGAAAUCAGACUGUCCUGACAGCAUCAGUUUGAGGAAUCAUCAGGAGUGUUGUGAAUAUGCUGCUGUCAAUCAUCAUCUCACUGCUUGAAGAGACUUGAAUGAACUGAGGGAUGCUAUUUCACCUUGCCUCUGGCAUUAGGUUUGGGUGUUUUGGGGUGUCUUAACUAAUAGUGUAGUGUCUGAUUCUUCAGAUGACACUUAUAAUACUUAUGUGGAACCUUUUGUAUUGUUAGUUUCAUGUAAAAAGUGCUAAUAUUAAAAGUUGUGGAACACUGAGCUGUAUAUUUAAGCAGAAUAUAAACUUUAAACAACACGCUUGACCACUUGCAUUUCUUGCUGUUGACUUAGAUCAUGGGUGUCAAAUUCA